ACUCAUGCGCUGUUGCCUAGCCUGUGCCACAUAUCAUUAUGGCCGCCAGUGAUAUCGCCGAUGUUUAAGUGUUGUGAGUUAUUUACUUCAUUUUGGAGGACUUUUGAUAAGGUUGUGUUGGGAGAGAAGAGUGAUGGUGGAUUAAGGAAUAUUGCGAAUUUUACUAUGGACAUGUUUUAUUCUGUUCAAGUCGGUGAUACCAUUUUUACGGUCUUGAAAAGGUAUCGAAACCUUCAGAUCAUUGGUUCUGGCGCUCAAGGAAUGGUUUGGUAAGCUUACAAAGAUGAACAUUGUUUUGUCCAUAAAAAUGUUAUAUCUUGAGCUUAAAAGCCAUCGAUCGAAAUACAUUGUAAAGUCUGUUAUUGAAAGAUUGAAAUCAAUUGUUAAUUUCUGUUAACAGAUCGACAUGAAAGUGAAUUAUUUUUUGGCGUGAUACACUUAUUACUUCCAGGUCGGAAGACGGCUUUUAACCUAUACUAGGGGCUUUCGCGGUUAUUUUGUUGAUAGAAGGGUGACUUAUUCAUCGUAAAGAAUGUAAGGUUUUUUUUCUUUCGUUAAACUAUCGCAAAGAGGGCAGUUCCUGUGUGAAUCGUCCGAGAUCGUAAGUUGCCUUUCCCUCGAAACUGUUCUGACAAAGUGAAACGUUCUGUUUUUCGAUUUUCUUUGUUUUCAAGGUUAUUCCCCCUUUUUAAAACAUAUGCCUGAUUUGAUUUCAGAAAAAAAUAGAAUAUGUACUCAUACAUGUUGAUGUAGUCAAGAGAGAUCCCAUACUUAAGAAUAUUUCGGUAAUCUGUAAAAAAAGUGAAUUAAUCACGCAAAACUAAACUCUUCUCAAAAUAAUAUUCGGUGGGACACUAUUUAAAUUAACACUUCGCCUGGUUGUUGCAUUGUUUUGGAAUUUAUCAGGUCAUAUUAUUCAAUGCUUUUAAAAAAGCACUUUGCCCUUAACUGCCCUUUUGUCUUGUAAAAGGGUUUCAAAAUUAAUAAAAAAAUUUGUUUGGAUUCCUCAGCAUACAUGAACAUUGUAGCUUCCAGGGGUAGUAUCUUUAUUUCAGUUUCCUGUUUUAACUCCCUUGUUUGCUUGGCAGGGGAAUUAACUACAGAAGUUAUUAUUUUCAUUUCUCUUCCUCAAUAUUUGCUUAGUAUAAAAACAUCAACUUACUAAAAUACAUACCACUACUGUUACUACAUGAUUAAUUGUCACCCCCAAGUUUUUUUUUUUUAUCACCAAAUUUUAUUUCCAAAACAGUUGACUAUUCUGAUCUUUUUAAACUGAAUUAACCAUAGUAUUAUUAUUGUCUAAGAAACUGUAAAUCAAAAUGAUUACAGGAACAUAAAAUUUAUUUACAAGUAAUCUAUCUUCUCAGAUAUAGAAAAAAAAGGUAAGUUGAGAAUCAACCAAGGUUACAAAUUUUUAACCUGAAUUUAAUUUUUACUGUAACAUCUGUUCUAAUAAUUUUUCUCUAACCACACUCAUGCAAAUGUAACUUCCAUGAACGUGAAAUGACCUUGUUUUCUAUUUUUAAUUUUCAUUGAUAAUCGAUGAGAAAAUCAAUCAAUUAAAUAUUGUCGAAUGAAGUAAUUUGGAUUUUAAAGGUGAGACAUAGAGGAUAUUACUUGGGCGCGCGGAGAUACGAAAUUUCUCUUUGUUGUUCAACACGAGAAGAGAAAUUUCGUAUCUCCAAGCAGCCAUGUAAAGUUCUAUUUAUUAUAUAAACACCAAUGAAAUACCAAACCAUUUCACUUCAAUAGUUUUUUGGUGUGAAAGGCACAAUUUAUUAUGUAGCCACAGCAACGGUGAUAUUUUCACAUGUGAAGAUAUCAAGUUUUUGCACGAACGCUCACCUGGUAUUUCAUUGGUGUUUAUAUAAUAAAUUGAAGUAAUACAUUUGAUCAGGGGAAAUUUUGAACCCCAAUCAAUGGUAAUCGAUAAUUCGUGAACAAAUUUGUGUGAUUAUCGAUCGGUCAUUGAUUGCCUGAUACCAAUCGAUGCCAAUUAACUAACACUUAUUGAUUGGUAUUGAUUGAUCUAUUGCUUUUCCAACCAUUGACUUUUAUAGAUAAUUUGGUUACGUCCUGUUUACAGUAGAUUUAACUAAUUAAGAUGAGUCCCAGGAUCUAUUUGUAACAAAAUCACUGAGAGACUUCUUGUUUGUGCUCUACUGGCGAAUAAACAUGCAUAUUUUGCUGAUUUCAAUGAACUCAAAAUUUUUUAUGGUGCACUUGGCUAUACCAGGUAUCUGACUUUCUCAUUUAUUUUACAGUCAACCUGUGUAUUCAUUUGAAAAUUUUGCUUAAUCAAGGGCUAUAUUAUACUGGAGACCAGUCUGAGGUCUCAAUUUAUAGUAAUGCUACAUUGUAAUACCAUGUUACAUCUCUUAUUUUGCAGCUCUGCAUUGGAUACUGUAACAAAUGAGAAGGUAGCUAUCAAGAAACUUUGCAGACCAUUUCAAAAUGUCACACAUGCCAAGAGAGCAUUCAGAGAGCUAGUACUGCUGAA